AGCAUAGGGAGAUCGGAUAAACAGAGAUGGCGAUCGCACAGGAAUUUCGGACAUGGUUCUGGAAUGAGGAGAACUGGUUGAUCAAUAUGACAUGGGACGAUUUUGAAACUCCACCUCCAGGAGUAUAUUAUCCCCUAGAAAGGCACAUAUUACUGCCCAGUCUUAUAAUUGGAUUUAUCCUUCUGGGUAUUCGUGUUAUGUAUGAUAGGACAGUUGUGGUGCCUUAUGCGAAAUAUAUGGGCCUGACCUUCAAGAAGCAAUAUGGCGUGGAGAAGAACCCAAUUCUAGAGGCCGCUUAUGCUGUUGAAAAGUGGAACGAUCAGAAAUGCACAGAGGAAUUAUCCAAGAAGACAAGUCUGACUGAACGACAGAUACAGAGAUGGUUCCGACACAGACGAAGUCAGGAAAUGCCUGGCCGCAUGAAAAAGUUCCGAGAAUGCAGUUGGUUGUUCCUGUUCUACACAUCCAGCUUUUUGUUCGGCCUCUACAUCUUGUGGGAUAAACCUUAUUUUUGGGAUACAAAGUAUUGCUGGAUAAACACUGGAAAACAGCAUGUACCCAACGAUGUGUAUUGGUACUACACCAUUGAGAUGGGCUUCUACUGGCAGUUACUGUUUACCUUGAUGUCUGACGUGAAAAGAUCAGAUUUCCCAGAAAUGGUCGCCCAUCAUAUAGUCACUAUCAUACUCAUUUAUUUCUCCUUCGCCUGUAACCAAGUUCGUAUUGGUGCCCUUGUUAUCCUGCUACACGAUUCCAACGAUGUAUGGAUGGCGGCUUCAAAGAGUAUCAACUAUCUGAAGAAACAGAGAUUAGCUGAAAUUACGUUUGUGGUAUUCGCUCUGAUGUGGUUUAUCUCAAAGCUGUAUAUUUACCCAUUCUGGAUAGUGUGGUCUGCUACCUUCGAAUCACAACGAUAUAUAGAAAAUGUCAAGCGAUAUCCAUGUUACUGGUUCUUAAACGGUUUGCUGUGGAUACUCCAGUUGUUACACAUUAUCUGGACAGUCAUGAUUGUCGGUAUCCUCGCCUCAAAGUUUACUGGUGACAAGAAGAUGAGAGACGUGAGAAGCGACACCGAGGAUUCCACCGGUGUCGAGGAUGACGAUAUCGCACAGGAAACUGACAUCAACAACACUGGCGCCAUUAACGGCCUGAGUCGACGACCUCAAACGACAGGGAACCGAGGUUAAUGGACACAGUAAAAUACUUAUUAUAUCGUGACAUUUCAAAGGAUUGCUACAAAUGUGUAAAAUACAAAGACUUAUUUUUGAUGGCAGAUAUUUUUGCAUAUUUAUACAAUAUUUGAUGUUGUAUUUUGUUAUAUCUAAAUAAUGUUAUAUGUGACGAGUUGCUAUGAGCAAAUCAUUUUUGAAUUUUGAGAGCUGUCUCCCGAAACUCAAAAAGCGUGGCUUUCAUUAAAGCCAUUCCAUAGGGUUCCCUUACCAAUGUUGUAAAUAUGACAAUAUGAUGAAUUUCAUGUCAGGUCGCUCGCCCAGAUUUUCUUCGUGUGUCUUACUGCUAUUUUUUUUUUUUUUACUUUCGGCUUGGUUUUACGGCCGUGUAGGCAUCAUCUUCGCUAACCGAGGGUUACUCUACGCUAAGCUCCAUUUCAACCCUUGGUUAGCGAAGAUGUGUAGGCAUAUGCAAUGUUUUUUUUACAAACUGUAUCACCGUUUCUGUUUUCUUCCUAAAUUUAACGAAUCCGACAUAUGAACAAUAUUGAUCACAUAUCUUGAUAUUCGAGGUAUCUUAUCAUGAACUAACAUUGGACAUCUUCCACAACAUUAGGGACAUCAAUAUAGCAAUAAAGUAUGAGUAUGUUGAAGUUAAUUCAAAUUGCAUUUUAAGAUCGAACAAAAACUGUAACAGUUUCAUGCUUCCCAGUUCGAAGCUGUAUGAUGUAUGCAUACGGUUGAUUAUGUUAUUAGGAACCGGUGUCCAAUCCUUUUGCUGUAAAUUGGCGAUAAGAUAUGAACUAAUACAUGUGGUUAAACAUAUAUUAAGCUCUCGGAUAUUUGAUAAAACAGUACGCGUUUUCCUUUGUGAAAACAAUUGAUUAUUAUUUAAUACGUUUCACUACUUACAUGAGGGAUGGUUCAGAAUCUUUAAAAAAUAUUUUAUUUUUAUGAAAUUUUUAUUGAAAAUAAAGCAAAUUUUGCAGUUUUACCAAAGCUUUGCAUCCCAAAAGAAAACCUAAAAAAAUACGUGUGAAAUAUAUUUGAUAAUCAUCAAGAAACUGUCCAAAUCUAUAUAUUAUUUGCCCUACUAUAUUAUAUCUUGUUGUUUGUCGAUGUUUUGUAUGGUAUAUAGUCCCGCAAAUGCAUUGACUGAUAUGAACACCAUAGAUACCUAAUAUUUAGAGGAAUGUUAUAUGUAUGUAAUACAUUUGUAUCCGUACAAAAUACAUACGAUCAGGCCAGUCACUAAUGGCAAACACUUUCAAUUGUGUUUUUAGCUUAAUCAGGCUAAUUAAUAUCAUUCACGCUAAUUAAGCUAGUAAUCAAGAUGAUUAACAUUCUUCACCCUGAUUAAGCUAGUAGUCGAGCUAAUUAGGACCAUUCAGGCUAAUUACGCUAGAAAGCAAGCCAAUUAACAUCAAGCUAAUUACUAUCAUUCACAUCAGAUCAUGGUUAAAAGAUGCUAUGACAGUCAAUAAGGAAUUUAUAUGUGCUCAAGAACUAACAUAUUAUGCUUAAUAACAAAUCUAUUUAUACUAAAGCAAAGUAAACUCAGGUAGAAAUUGUUAUAUUUAACUACUAAAAAGUAAAUAUGAAUCAAAAAUGUUCUUAAAACAUAAAUAUGCUCAGGAAAAUGUGUUUACUCAUGUCUCCGGAACAAACGGUCAUCAUUCCAUACAAUCUGGGUUUUUUCCUCAAAUAAAUUUUCUGAAAUUCCACUGACAUGUAUUUAACCGCACUUAGAUUGAAUAAGGUAAAAACAGCUGAGUACAAUAUACGCCGUAUACGUAACGGGCGAUAGACAUUACAGUUCAGUAAAUUAUAAGUUAUUUGGGAUUCGGGGAGGCAAAUUUAGUAUUGCGCCCUCAUUAACAAACAAAUGUCUCCACUACGUAGAUUGUGAUUGUGGAUCAUAGAGAUACAUCUAUAGAUUCAAGUAUAGUUUAUUACCACAUUUAAAUAUCAUUGCAUACGAUGAUAUCUAAUAUAUGGUUUUAUAGAGAGGUACGUAUGAGGAUAUAUUAUAUGAAAUAUUUUUUUAGAUGUUAAAUGAAGGAAUAACAAAUGAUUAUUUUACUUUUAUUGUUUUCAUUGGUUAUUGUUUUCGCGUCAUCCUCUGUACGUACUCAAUAUUCUUUUAAAAUUGAUUGUUAAAAUAACGAGACAUCUUAUACGGGACAUUUUUAAGCCGUCGUCGUUAAUUGUUGUUAAAUUUAUGUAAAACUUUAGCCACAAAUGAUGGCUACAAUUAUACAUAGAACUUGCCAUACGAUUUUAUAUAUAAAUGUGUCAAUGUAUUUUAGAUAAUUCAGCUGUUUAAUAAUGAUUUAUGUUGUGUUCAAAGAAAAGUUGACGAUUUUACCAUGUCGCCCACUUGGAACAAGUGCGACUCUUAUUAUGUGUUACAUGCUUGACGUACACCCGAGAAGUUCCUAUUCCGUCUUUUCGUAAGUUAUAUGCUCUUGUGAGCAGUUAUUAAUUGUUACGUCAUUUGUUUAUGAGAGUUACGUCAUCCGUUUGUGAGAAAACGGCUCAAUGUUCUCACGCAAAUCAACGACGUAACAAUCAGUACUUGCCAACAAGAGCAGAAAAUUCUUCAUUACGAACAAAAAAGGGAAUUGUGACUCCCCGUGAAAUUAAAAUUAAUUAAAGAUUAAUUAUCACGUUAUGAUGAGGUUUUCUUUAAAUCAAUGGUUGAACUAAUACAAAAACAGCUAUGCUCGAUAAUCAGUUCAAAGCACAACCUUAAGCAUUGAGACAUGAACCCUAAAACAGUGAAUCCUGUGUCCGUUUGAGGCUUGCUGUUCUUCACUCACUGGAAGACGAGUUUAGUUAUUAUCCGACUUGGAAUGCCACGUAAAUUUCCUCUGAAUCCGUCCUUUCUUUUUAACCCGUCCUUUCAACAUCAAAAUCCUAAAACAGCAUAUAUGAUAGGAAGGAAUAUUCAGACGACUCUCCGGCAUGAUAAGUUGUACCGAGACGAUUUGACGUUUAUGUGAGAAAUAUUUUCACUAAUAAAUAAACAUUUUCACAUGA